CCACCUGUGUUACAGUACAUGAUGGACGUUGAUUUGCCAACUAAACUGAGGACACGUCGCUGAUUGUGUCUACGCAACAAGAUGUAACUCCUACGAUUCUGGUCUUUUUUCAUUGGUUUCUUUCAAAUGUCCGCUCGCCAGCUACCAGUUGUGAAGAUUUUAGAGGACUAUGUAUACCAAGACAUUGUAUUCCGUUAUGUGACAGUGGCGUCGCUGACACUUGCAAGAGAUACAGAGCUUAUAUGGCCAUCCAGGCUUUCACUGCUCAAGGUACUCUUUCUUGUCGACCGCUAUCUACCUAUGGUUACGGCAGUCCUCGGGACAUACAGUGAUCGAAACCACUAAAUCCCGAAGCAAUUUUGAUCAUACUAGUACUGAUCACACUUCCUUAGGACUGUAAAGUCUUCGCCAUCGUCACCACCAUGUUUAUAUGCACGUGUUACGUCUGUGCAGAACUAACACUGGUGUUGAGAGCGUACGCCUUAUGGAAACAAAGUAGAAUUGCAUGCAUCGUUUUAUUGAUCGUAGGUUCCGGCAGUGCAGUCGGUGGAUAUUACCUGUCAGUGACCCAGGGUUUGUCCGGUAAAAGCUCUCCCAUCAAACUAUUCCACUCUGGAUGCAUUAUCGCAUUUUCUGGAACUCAUUUGUGGAUCGGUUACCUAACUCUUGUCUGCUGUGAAACAAUCUCUUUCGGACUCGUGCUGGCCAGAGCCGUCAUGAACUAUCGCGAUUCGGGAUCAUUUAAUAAACUUAUGAAGACAAUGGUGACUAGCGGGAUAUUGUAUUACUUGUGCCUUAUCUUCAUAGCAUUAGGGAAUAUGAUACUGUUACGGUUCCAAAGCCGAUAUCCUCGGGGCCUCUACCUCAUAAACCUGCAAGGAAUCCUGUGUUGCAUUUUAUGCAACCGACUUCUCCUGCACUUACGCCGAAACAAUACUAAACUUCGUACAUCCGUGGCCACACGGUCGACUUGAGCUCGCUUGACGCACCUUCGUUCUUCUAAACGUGCACCGCUUCACGCUGACUAGGGAGCGAAAGUGACAACCAUAUCCGCGACAUUCGUCGGUUGUUUAGGAACCAGGGACACAACUAUUGAACCGCUCGUUUUAGCUUUAGUUAAAAGCUGC